AAAAUAAAAGGAAAUUUUGCAAGCUGAUAUCGGAAAAAAAUAAAUAAAGAAAAUAAAGUUGCUAAUUUUUCUGACAAAUUGAGCCUGAAGUGCCCAACUUUUCAUUUCACAAAUUACAAAUUAUUGUAAAAGCCAAAAAGAAGAGCAACAAAAAAAAAAUAAAAAUAAGAGUCAAAAAUGAAAAUUAAUUCGACAAUAAAAAAUACAGAGUGAAAACUCCGGCGUCAGAUCAAAAUAAUGAAUAUCAUCAAAACAAAAAUCAAAAACGUUCAAUAAAAAAGCAAAAGUUUUGCGACAUUCGGCAGUGAGGGAAAGCCAAAACCACCAACAACUAAAUUACUUAGAAUAUAGCCCGACUAAAGAACAAAACCAAAAUGCGAAGAGUCUCGAGCAAAAUGAAAGUAACCACAACCACAGCGGCAGCAAACAUAACCACAACAAUGCUUGCGGUACAGCAGCGAAGGCAACAUUGCCAUUGUGGCAUGCAACAGCGAGGACGACACCAUCACCACCGAUACCAGCUAAACUUGACACAGCCGCUGAGGCACAUAUUGGCGUUGUUUGUCAUCAUCAUUUGCGUGCAAGG